AUGAAUCCCAAACGCGUUGAUGUUGCCUGGGAAAACUCCUCAACCCUCUCAGUUGCUGGUGCGAAACGGUCACGCUCUGAAAAUGACACUCUCCCAGCUUUCACCACCGCGCACCAGGUGUUGAACGCACAGUCAAGAGCGCAGAGAACCAACACUGCGCAGUAUUCCCACGAUACCAGACGCUUGCGGGCUAGUAAGAUAGAACCGCUAUCUAACCUUAGCAAUAUUGACUUGUCUCGCUCGCAGAAUCUAUCAGAGUGCUCGCAAAAAUCUUCUAUAUCCAGUACUCCUGGGCCAGCUCAGAAUCCUGUCCUCUCUCUCAGCCAUCCAAAAUACGGCUUGCCGGCUGCCCUGGUUAAGAAUUUCGCUUCUCUAGGCGUUAACGCUAUCUAUCCGUGGCAAGCAUCAUGUCUUCUUGGUCGAGGCCAUCUUUCAGGAGAAAAGAAUCUGGUGUACAGUGCUCCGACCGGGGGCGGUAAGUCGUUGGUUGCAGAUGUAUUAAUGCUGAAACGCAUCCUUACCUGCCCAGACAAAAAAGCUAUCCUGGUUCUCCCUUAUGUUGCUCUCGUUCAAGAAAAGUUGAAAUGGCUCAGGCGUGUGGUUGAAGGGAUACCCCGAUGCACACAUGAUGAUGAUGUCGAUGUUGAGAACUCCGCUGGUGGAGAUGCUCACCCUUCUCGUUUCAAAUCUGAAGAGAACUUCAUUCGAGUUACAGGUUUUUUUGGUGGGAGCAAGACCAGGACAACCUGGUCAGACACAGAUAUCGCAGCCAACUCUCUAGUCAAUACUGCCAUUGAAGAUUGCACAAUUGACAAGCUUGGUGUAAUCGUCCUCGAUGAACUGCAUAUGCUUGAUGAUGAACACCGCGGCUAUCUAAUAGAAAUUAUGGUAACGAAGCUUCUCCUGCUUCAGCAAGAUAUCCAGAUAAUUGGUAUGAGUGCAACUUUAUCGAAUACAGAGGUGCUUGCAAAGUGGCUGAAUGCAAAUUAUUAUAUAUCUCGAUAUCGUCCGAUACCCGUUGAAGAAUUCCUAGUGUUUGAAGAUUAUAUCUAUCCAGUGCCAGCCACAAAGGGUCUUCUUCGGAAGAUGAUCAAACCUAAUACGUCCAAUUCACAUAAUAUUCCAGCUUCGGCGUGCCGAGUCAUACGUAAGUCGGAAUUUAGGGAGCUGGCAUUCCCGAUUCCAAAUGCUAUGGUCGCCCUUGCCUGUGAAACUGCGGCUGCGGGUUAUGGCGCUCUUGUAUUUUGUGGGAGCCGACAGGCUUGUCAGACAAAUGCGGUGCUCAUAGGAGAUGCAAUGCCAGAUACCCUGGAUGCAGAUAUUAUCGAAAAGCGACUAGAUCUGGUAGCAAGUUUGCAAAGCCUCCCUUGCGGACUUGAUACCUACUUUGCAAAAACUAUACCAAGAGGUGUUGCUUUUCACCAUGCUGGUUUAACGACUGAAGAGCGUGUCUUGAUCGCAGAAGGGUUUGAUUCUGGAAUUCUCAAAGUUCUCGUAGCCACUUGUAGCUUAGCUGCGGGGAUAAAUCUCCCCGCUAGGCGUGUGAUUCUCUGCGGCGCAAGAAUGGGCCGUGAGCUAGUUGGACCUGCAAUGCUGCGACAGAUGCGUGGUCGAGCGGGCCGAAAAGGUAAGGAUGAAGUUGGCGAAACCUACUUAUGCUGUACAAGUAAAGAUUGGGAAGAUGUAGUUGGGUUAUUGGAAGCCGAGUUGCCCGCCAUUGCGAGCGGGCUGGCUCCAGGCAGAGCAGGAAUCAAGAGGGCACUACUUGAAGCCAUUGCUACUAAGCUGGUAUCUGGUCGUGAUGCUAUUAAUGACUAUAUCAGGAGCAGUCUGUUGUUUCAUAAUGACGAAGCACAAGAUACCCUUUUAGAUAUGGUGCAGUCAACUCUCCAGGAGCUUCUGGAUGCAGAACUUGUGAAAUCAUCGAGCGAUGAGACUUUUGAGCCAACGCAGCUUGGUCUAGCGAUUGUCGCGUCCGCAUUUAGCCCUGAUGAUGGACUUUUCAUCUAUGGGGAAUUAAAACGUGCCCUACAGGCCUUUGUGAUGGAUGGCGAAAUGCAUAUAUUUUACAUGUUUUCUCCACUACAAGUCUCUGCCGAAAUUGACUGGAUGGCUUUCCGCGACGAAGUCCAUGGCCUAGAUGACAGCGGACUACGUACUAUACAGCUUGUGGGCGUUGAUCCAGGGUUGGUGAACUCUAUUGCCAUGGGUCACGUUUCUAUAAAGGACCCAGCUUUGCUGAGAGUCUACAACCGUGUCUAUACAGCAUUUCAACUCCGCGACUUAAGCAAUGAAAUUCCAGUCUCGUCAAUUGCAAAGAAAUACAAUAUUGCUCGGGGAGCUGUACAGACACUUGCUCAAAACUGUCAUGGAUUUGCGGCUGGAAUGGCCAAAUUCUGUCAACGGAUGGGUUGGGACAUGCUCGCUGUUGUAUUAGAUCAUAUGCGUGACCGCCUUCAGGCUGGGGCCAGAGCGGAUCUAUUAGAAAUGGCACAGGUGACCUAUGUCAAAAGUCGAACAGCAAGGCUGCUUUGGGAAAAUGGAUUUAAAACCCUGAGAUCUCUCGCUGAAGCUGCACCUACUGAUCUGGUGCCUGUGUUAAUGAUGGGCCAACCUCGGAGUAGCUCGUACUCAAACAAUAACAAAGACAUGAAGAGAGUUACCGCAAAGUUAACUGCAAAAGCAGAGGUAAUAAUAGCCUCGGCAAGCAGACUAUGGGAGCAUCAAUCGGUGGUAGAACUAGACGAGUAA